AUGAAUGUUUCUGAAUCGAUUCCGAGGGAUUUGAGAAAUCUUCGAGCAUGUCUGCUUUGCUCGUUGAUCAAAUCGGUUGAUCAAUUCGAGAAUUAUGGAUGUGAUAAUUGCGAGAGUGUGCUGCACUUGAAGGGAGAUGAAGAGAAGGUCUAUGAUUGUACGAGUUCAAACUUUGAUGGAAUGAUCGCCGCGAUGCAUAAUGAAGAAUCGUGGGUUUGCAAAUGGCAGAAAAUCCACCGAAAAGCGAAAGGAAUGUAUGCGAUCAGUGUGUCUGGCUCGCUUCCAAGCAGUGUCAUCAGCGAUCUCAAAAGCAUGGGCAUUCGAUACAAGCCGGGAAUGCGCGACACAAGUUUCCAGACGAAAAAGUAA